AUGUUUGUUUUGUUUUUAUAGAACGCUAACUUAAGCCCGUGGUACAUGCUGUAUUUACCAUGGAUUCCCAACCAACUACAAGUGAUAUUGAGUCAUUGUUUACCCAACUUGAAACUGAGGAAGGAAAAGACCAUCAAGAUGUCAUUAAAAAACUUCAAGCAAUCAGACUUUGGCAGCUGAUGCAACAAGAAGAACUGAAGCAGCAACAGCAGUCUCAGUUGGCAAUCCUUAAAUCGCAAACAAUUACGUCUAUUAGUGAUGAUACUGAUGAAGAGGAGAAGGAUGAUCCUGAGGAGACAAGUGAUAGAGAAGAUGUGGAAAUUGAUCAUGAAGAUGUUUUAGCGAUUCCCAUAAGAUACGACUCGCCUGUUGAUGGUGGUCGCGGAGAUAAUUCCCAAUGUGAUGUAGAAGCUGGUCAAUUUUUGGAUAAAUCUUCAUGUGAUAAUCCCACUGAUGAAGGAUCUAAUGAUGGGGAUGAUAAUGACGACGUGUUCGAUGACCAAGUUGAAGUCAGCUUCGAAAACACAUCGAAAAACCCUAGUAGUUUUGACGACAUACCUUUAAAAAGUAAAGGAGCGACGUUUGAAGAAAUUCUGGAGAAAGAACUUCAGCAAAACGGGAAGACGGAAGUUCCUAAAGAAAAGAAGAACAUCUCUUCUACCCCUAAAGUUUCCAAAAGAACGUUCCUUCGAAAAGGCCAAGGAAUAGCGAGGUUUAAAGGCCCACCACCUAAACCAAAAGCUAGAACAAAAAUACAAACUGAGCAAAAGCAGGAACAAGUUCAACACAGAAGUAAAACUCCUACAGUCGAGUUUUUUGAAAAUAAAAACACGGCAAAUGAAUUUUCUCAAAAUACUAUGGUACCAUCAAAAGAUAAUAAUGCUGUUAAAAUACAUGAAGCUAAAACUAUGACACAGCAGCCUAUCCAGCCAGAAAGACAAGUUGUGCGUAAAACAUCCCGUAUGACACGAAAAGAACCAAUUAAAGAGUUGCGUCUAAAACCAGUGGUUGAGUUUCAAUCUCCGCUUAUAUCUCGUGAAAAUAGCUUGCAAAACCUUUAUAGUCCAACUUGUGGUAGUCCCGAACCUUUGUUACCAAACUUGCAGGAAUCAGCUUGGUCAGAUGUUGAAGACUCGGUACUUUUAGUAGGAGAGGAGCCAGCUCAGCAUGGCAUGGAUUUUAAUAAAACAUCCAAUGAAACAUUUGAGCAAAUAGAGAAGUAUUGUAAUGAAAAUUACGCCCAUGUUAACAACAUACAGAGCUUAGACAAUGAGUCAAUUUCCUGCCCAACUGUAUUGGAGCACCAGAAGCCAGCACCCCCACCUAAUAGAUUAAUGCAAAAGUUGUUCCCGAGCUUAAAACAGGAUCCAAAAAUGAAACCAGUGUCACCACCCCAAGCUAUUGAGAGAAGUAGCAUGCUCUGCAGCAGAAAUGAGGAAAACGGGAUUCCUGUAGAUGAGUCUGUACAAUCUACAUUACUGAAGAAAAAGCUUGAAGAAAUGGAACUGGAAAUAAAAAGGUUUCAAACAGAAUCGUCAAAGUUGUCUUUUUUGAGAGAAAAAGAAGCAAAGCAGUUGGAAGUGAAAAGGAAAGAAGUGGAAAUGAUUGAGCAGCGUUUUAAAGAACAAUCUGAACAAUUUGAAGAUUUUCGUAAGUCUGAGAUGAAAAAACUGAAAAGAGAAAGAAAGAUGUUGGACGAACAUUCAGCUGUUUUGAAAGAUCUUCCCAGCAAGCAAUCUCGGGAUCAAAUUGCAGACCUGGAGAAAGAAAUUCUGACUCUGCAGGAAGAAAUGAAGAUCAAGGAGCAGAGGUUGGGGGCUGUUAACAGUAGACUGCGGUGCCAAUUGGAUGUUGCUGUAAAAGAAAAUAAAACACUUUGUGAAAAAGUUAAAAAUCUGGAAGAAACUGUUGAAAAAUACGAGAAGCAAAAUAAUUCAAGAAAAAAUAAAAAAGCGAAUACGGUUUGGAAAGCUAUAAAUGAUAUAGUUGACGAAUCAGAUUCUAAGUUAGAUAAAUCUGAUCAAGAGAAUUUCCAGCCAAGUGUGUUGCAUUCUGGUGCGCAGGAGAAAUCCCCUGUUGGUGUGUUUAAGGAGAUAUUAAUGGAUAGAAAUGAUAAUGUGCUGGUAGAAGGAGUGGCGGAUGAAAUACACAGAGGAAAUGCUGGGGAAGGAAAGAAAAUAGAAAGAAGGUUAAAAGAUGGCACACAAGAAAUCACUUUUCAAAAAGGAACGCAGAAAAUAAUAUCACCAGAAAAUGGCUCUGUGCAGAUCAAGUUUACAAACGGAGACGUCAAAACAACUUUUCCAGAUGGAACAGUAACUUAUUUAUACAUAGCUUCGGGUACUAAACAUACAACACACCCUAAUGGACUGCAGAUAAUAGAGUUCAAUAACAACCAAGUGGAAAGGCAUUUUCCUGAUGGUUCGAAACACGUAUCUUUUGAGGAUGGUUCAAGUAAGAUGGUUAAACUUGAUGGAACGGAAGAAACGAUAUUUCCUGAUGGAACUGUGAUGUUAGUGAAGGAGAAUGGGGAGAAGAUAGUUGAAUAUAUGAAUGGGCAGAAGGAGGUCCAUACGCCAUUGUAUAAACGCCGAACAUACCCAGACGGGACGUGCAAGACUGUUUAUUCAGAUGGAAGGCAAGAGACAAAAUACUCCUCUGGUCGAGUGAGAGUAAAAGAUUCUAAUGGAACAAUUGUAGUUGAUACCAUGGGCCCUACUGCUGUAGCUUCUUUAUAGCAAAUUGCAUUUUUGUCAUAGUAUUUUACAAUUUUUCACUAUUUUUACAUGCUAACGUUUAUGUUUAUUAAGAUUAAAAAUUUAAAACCCAAUGCUAUGGUUUUUUUUGCAGUUGAUUCUUAUAGCAUGUUGCAUUUUGUUGUAAUAUACUUAUUAGCCUAAUAGCUUAAACAUGCAAACAUUUAUGUUUUACUGUAAGUUUAAAAACAACCUUGUUAAUAUUUGCUGCUGGAUUAAGGUCUUGAAUAAAUCUUAUUUUGUUUCUUUAU